AUGGUAAUGGACGAUCCGGUGCCUUCCACCAUCGAAGACAAGUUCGUCCCUGUAAGUGUGCCACCUCGCAUCGCUUCUAUUGAUGAGAGUCCUAUCAAGGUUAUUCCGUUACCACUGGAUGUGGGAUUGCACACCCGACAUGUGUCGCCUAUGUACCCGAGGAAGCUGAAACCUGAGGCCUUGCUGCCGCAGACGUCACACUCCUCCCAUGCCACGCACUUGGACUUCGCCACUUCUAUACAGAAAGUCAAGGACUAUCCGUGGUACUGGGGCCCCAUAUCUGUGGAAGCGGCUGAGAAGAUUUUGUCUAACGAGCCCGACGGCUCAUUUAUUGUCCGCGACAGCAGUGACGACCAUUAUAUCUUCACCCUUACAUUCAAGCUGAACGGUCUCCGCCAUGUUCGUAUUGAACAUGAUCAAGGUAACUUUUGCUUCGGUGGAUGCACGAUGUUCAAAGCGCAAACGAUAGUUGAGUUCAUCGAGAACGCGGUGGAGACUUCGCGCUCAGGUCGCUACUUGUUCUUCCUGAACCUGCGGCCGGUGUUGGGGCCGGUUCGUGUACAACUGCUCUACCCCGUGUCGCGCUUCAAGCGCGUGCAGAGCUUGCAGCACUCCUGCAGAUUCGUGAUUCUUAAAUAUGUGCGACGUGAUCUGAUCGGCAGUCUACCGCUACCUCGCCGUUUGCUGGACUACCUCAGUGCUACUCAUUAUUACUCAGAGUUGCUAGCCGAAAUGUAAGCUACCAAUGCAUCAAAUCGACGUACGAAAAGGGUUAUAAUGCAUUUUAUUUAAAUCUGAAGAUGUUCCCCUUUUUGUAUGACUACUCGAAUAACGGCCAUUAAAACGUUUCGCACUCAACGGUAGUUCUAAGACUUUAAAGCUCACAACUCUGACUAAUCUAUCGCACAACUGUUUAGUCACGCUUUAUCCUAUGAUCUUAUGUGAAGAUGCGCACACUAUUUGGUUUUGCGCUGCGAAACAAUGGACAAUCGCACAACAGUUAUGCGAUAGUUUAGUCCAAGGUGUGCGCCCGCUCUAAGGCUAUUUUAGAUGUUAGUACGUAAGUAAUACUGUCACAUUCAGUACGAAAUAUUUCUCGUCAACUUGCAAUCAUGGUGUAAUUAGUUUUAAUUUUCGGUGUAAAAUUGUAUAAAAUUGUAUUUAUGUACAGUCAGCUUUAUAAAUAUAAAUACAUUUACAAAACUUGUAAAGGCCGUCGGUUUUAAAAGUAUUAAUGCACGAACCUGUCUCUAUACUUUCGAUUAUUAUGCAUAAUAUUAGUAAAUACUUGCCUAAAUAGUUUUAAAACUGAUGACAUCCACGUUAUUAAAGUUUUGUAAACGUGUCCAUAUUUAUGCAGCCGACUGUACACAGGCAUGUGGUAUUUAUAAGUUUUGGAGUUUUUUUAAUUAUUUUACAAUUAAAACCUUUCUCAUAUCUGACUUGAUCUCGUGAAUUAAAUGAGCAUUUCGAAAUGGGAAAGGAUUUAUAUGAAAUUUAUUAAAAUAUUUGUAUUCAAAUGAAAUUUGAUAUCAACGAAGUUUUUAUUACUUUUAAACUAAUUAUAGCUUUUAUAUUAAUUCUAAAUUUUAAAAUGUUGGCUGUGUAACUAAACAGUAUUAGAUAUUUAAUGCAAGUAAGUUUAUGGUAACGUUUUUAGACAAAGCCACAGAUGCCUGGAAGAUACAUUCGUUGAAUAGAGUUACAUAUGUAACUCUUUUCAUCGAAAAACAAUUUAUACACACCACGACAGAAUGCCUUAAAAUCAUGCACCAAUUAUAGUUAAUGGGUAAACUAGUUAAUAGUUUGUAAAGUAAAAAUCAAGUUAACAUUUACUUUUGCAGAAAACUUGUUUGGUGUUUUCAUUUGAUAAUGUAAUUAAGCGUAUAGUGUGAUUUUAAUAUUGGCUGUAUUAGAAUAGGGUUUGCGCUAAUAUCGAAAUCGAUGUAUAUAAUAAUUGAUCGGUUGUAAAGAAAUAUUUUUAUAAUAAAAUAAAAAAAUCUAAAACGUAACAUUGGUAAAACUAUCGGUUUACCAUCAGCGAGUUACUACAAAAAAACUUUCAAAUGAAAAAGCAUAAUAAAACAAGGUUCCAUCUAAUAUAUGAAAAAUGCAAUAACAACGUAACUAAAAUGCUACAAAAAUACAAAACGUUAAGACUUUUAAUUUCAAGUUUUAAUAAAAUGGACAUAAUACCUUCAGUUUUCUUUGUCGAAUAUAUAUGUGUCAUUAAUGUAGGUACAUAAUACAUGUUUUAGUGCACAUUAUAGUAGCAAAAUAUGAAAAAGGACUCUAUAUUUAUACUUACAAUAUGUUCCAACACAACCAUAUAAUACUGUUUAUUACACAUAAUUUUCCUUCAAAAUUUGUACAUAACUUUAUUGAAUGUAAUUUUAAUUAAAAGUGAGUUGUGUGCUAUUUGAAAUUAAAACAUUCAAGAUAUUUCAAGGUAUAUAUUUCAGAGUAGGAUUUUUUUUAAUUAUGCUGUUCUGUUUCUACAGAAUCUCAAACUGAAUGACAAAUUACUAAGUUAAAAAGCACAUAAGUAUUUUUAACUGUAACCACAUAUCAAGCAUAUCGAUUGUAUUGUUUGAAAUAAACUCCCUUUUCGACCGACUUCCCAAAAGAAGGAGGUACUCAAUUCGUUUGUAUGUUUUUUUAAGCAAAGAGCUUUAACAUUUUAAGUUGAUAUGAUUUUUUUUCAAAUUCUGAAGGAAAAUAAACCGUCGGAAAUCGGCAAACCACUCGUCAAACCAAUCAUCACAAAUAUAUAUAAAUAAUAUUAUAUAAGAAAUCGCGAUACUUAUAAGUUCUGACAAGUUUUUUUUUAACUACAUUUAUGUCGAAGUUUUCAUGUAAAUAUUUGAUUUAAGGCCUGUCCCACCACUG